AUGUCUCGCCUGAUCUGGCGCCUGCGACAAUGCCCCCUGUUUCGGCGUCCUGCUUCACCCGUGCGUCAAUUUGCACAAUCAAAUUUUCAACUUCUCGAUUCAAGCACAUUGCUUGAGGAAGAAACGCUUCCGUGGUAUACACAGAGUCGCUUUUAUCCUGUACAAAUUGGUGAAGUUCUUCACUCCAGAUACCAAGUCAUUGGAAAGUUAGGGUUCGGGGGUUACUCGACGGUUUGGCUUGGCAGGGAUCUCCAGCAACAUGUUUACGUCACAUUGAAGGUGUUUGAGCGCCAGUCAACCGAAAGCAGAAGAGAAAUUGAAGUCUAUGAUCGCCUCAAUAAUGCCAGUUCAACCCACGCGGGCGCCAUGUUUGUUCGCACGGCGCUGGAUAAUUUCCAGAUUGGCCCAGCAGAUGCUUACUAUCCAUGCCUCGUCCACAAACCUCUAGGCAUAAGUCUGUAUGACCUUCGAAAUCAAUUUGCAGCAAAAAUACUCCCUGAAAAAAUACUCAAAUUGACUUUGCACCAUAUCCUACUUGCCCUGGAUUUUCUGCAUACGGAAGCUGACAUUGUUCACACUGGUAUGAUUACUCCAAUAUCUUCCAAAAAAAUCAGGCCUGAUUCAAUUUUUAAUAUCAUGCUUGGGAUUGACGAUGUUUCGAUAUUGUCCGAUUUCGAGGAGGAGGAGAAAUCCAAUCCCAGCCCUCGGAAGAUCACCGGGGAUCGGGUGAUCUAUUCUUCUCGGAGCCUCAGAAGAACGAAGCAACAUGGCCGGCCUGUCCUGUGUGAUUUUGGUCAAGCUCGAUUUGGAUCCUCUCAAUAUUCUGGUGACAUUCAACCUUAUAUUUAUCGAGCUCCAGAGGUACUCCUCCGAAUGUCUUGGGAUCGAAAAGUCGACAUUUGGAAUGUGGGAGUCGUUGUAAGCAGGCAUCUUUCUGCCUUUUGCUUGAUUAGAUUAUGUUCACUGAAAGAUUACUCCGACUAA